GUGACGUGCCGUUGUUGGCGAAUCUCCUUUUAAAAUAUUACCAAAGAUAGACAUUUUGACCCCCUGACGAACGCUCUCAAAUUAUUUUCAGUUGAGUACUCUUAGAUUUUAUAAUCUGGAACCAUGCUGAGAUUACAACAGCAACUGAAGCUGCUGAACCAUGUUUAUGGAGCGGCCUGUGACAACCAGUAUCUGUUGACGACCAUGCCACAGUACGCUAAGAGGAUGACCAUCUCUCGACGGAUGAGCGACGAGACAAAUUGGCAUAUGCUGGACGCAGAAUUGCUUCGAAGUUUAGUUGGGGGGUCAGCAUUGGCCUGCAAUGGUGUCAUUCCGCUCCCGAUGGACAGACUGCGGCGGAAAGCCAGAGCUCGUACCAAAAGGUGUACUGGAUGCGGGCAGAUCAUGGAAAAACACAAUGACACCACAAAAUCUUCUAGUUUAUUAGCAAAAUCUGAUGACGAAGACCAUGUCUGUGAGGAGUGUCGGUCUCCGAUGCACGCGCCACCUAUUCACCCUGGCAUGCGCAAAAGGAAAGAUAAGCGAAAAGCUCCCCAUCCCACCCCAGUCCCGACUCAGACCAAUCGGAAACCAGAAACGGGUGAACCCAGUAUUUUAGACUGGCGUGACCCUUUGACCACGAGGGUCCAACUCGCAAACCCUCCUGAAGAGACAGAUGCUGACUUCCAAGGACAUAACAUCUCCACGACGUAGAAACUGUACCGAUAAUACUGAAAAUCGAAAAAAUAUAUUAAUAAUCUGUGGAACUUGCACGGUAACUUAGUUUAAAUAGUAUUUAGUUUUAAUCUAAUCUGCAAAUGGACAAAAGUCUUUAACAUUGCGCAGCGGAUUAGCAAGCUGAAGUGGCAAUCGGCGAGGCACUUAAC